UGAAAAGGAGGUGACGACACCGCGCGCAGGCACGAGAGCAAAACUAGGAUUGAGCGAGCUCUCGCCGACUUCCGGAAGUCGGAAAAAGCUCGCGAGACCUAAAUGGGCACAUACACCUGCUGGCAGGUUCGGGUGAAAAAUGAUUGGAGGAGUAACCUCCAUAUUGGUGCUGUCAUGAAGGAUUAGUGGAAACUAAAUUUAUGCCAUAUUCGUCCUGCUUCACAGGAAGACCCCACAGACUUUUAAUGGAGGUAGCUGGGAGAUUAACCGCUGUAUACUAUAAGAUACACGGGGAAACGCGUUGGGAUAUACAGUCAACUACAGCUAUAACAACAUAUGAAAAUUACAUCCCCAUGGCUUAUAUUUCUUCAUGAUUGGGUGUUACUUUACACCAGCUGAGUUUUGCACCUGUCUCUGUAUAUUUAGCUGUCUCCUGUGCCAGUGGGGUAUGGACAUGUAGUGUGGAACUGAAAUCUAAAAGCGUGUAAAUUACCACAAUGAAAAAGAAGCCAGAACAAAAAAGUAUUGGCCCUGUGAGAGAUGAGGAAUUUUCUCCAUGGAAUGGUAUUACUCUUAAUAGAUGUCUAGCUGUUGCUGCUAUUGCCGCCCUUCUGAGUAUGGGUUUUCAGGUACUUCAAGAUGCUGUUGAUGAUGACUUAGAAGAUGAAGCUAAAGCCUGGACUCUACCCAACCAAAGUGAUGAGCUGUCAGAACCAUGGUUUUUUGAAGCUUGGUUUGGCUCAUCUGAACCAGAGAUGCCUGUAGUCGAGCAAUCAUCAUCUCCUGAUAUUGAACAAUCAGACCGACCAAUGAUAGAAGAUGUUGAACUGCCUGAAGAUGAAGAACCAGAACUAACCAGUGUAGAAGUAGAUGAAACAAUUGAAACUGAGGAAGAUUUGGUAACAAAAGAGACACCACAGUACGAGAAAACGGAGACAAAAACAGACAGCGAAAAGCUAACUGAACAAUGGGGGUUAAAGUCCAAAAGCAAAUACAUGGAAGCCAAAGCUGGCAAAAUACGAAGAGCAACUGAGGAUGGUUCUCAAAGUAGGGAUGUAUUUCCAUUUCAGAAAAAAACCAAAGAUCCAAUCAAAUCUUUUGCAGAUGCAAAAGUUAAGCCAUACAAAGAAAAAAGUAACCAGAAAAAAUAUGAAAACAAAUAUGACCACUCAAAGAAACAAGAUUAUGGAAAGCCAUAUAGAAAGGAAAAAGAUGAACAAAAUAAAUACAUCAAACAAAACAAGGGAAAAAAAGAGGAAAAGGAGAGUAAGGGGUAUAAAGAGUAUCGCCAAGAAAAGGACCACAAGAAAAGGCAUUAUAAUUAAUGCUUCUUAAUCUUUGUCCUGAAGGGCAGUACUAAGGGUAUAAUUAAAUGUGGAUAUAUACAGUGACUAAACUACUGUGAUGAAAAGUUGAGAACAAAGCAGUCAUAGCCUAUUCCAUGGAUAUCAUUAACUAUCAUUAUCACUAGUUAAAUCACUAGUUAUGAAUUCAGAAUCUAGUUAACACUAAAAUAGUGAAAAUCAAUAUAGUUAAUUCUAUGGUUUUUGUUUUGUUUUUAUUUAAUAAUGAGGCAUUGUAGGCCUAAAUAUAACACUAACACUAGCUUAGAAAAUUCUGUAAUAAAAAUUAAAAAAACUUUUAGUUUUUCUGAUCUUUUAUUUAAAUAAAAAAUGUCUACUGCUCAUUUAAAAAUAUUUAAAUGAUAAAUAUGUGAUUGAGAGAAAAUUAAAAAUGGCAAAAAUUACGAUAUCAAACUACUUCUUUUAUGCUACCUACAGGCUUCCAUUUUA